AUGGAAGAUUUAGAAAGGGAAUUUGAAGAGGAGAAUUUCUAUGAGGAAGGAAGGUUUGAAAGAAGUUUCAAUGCUACCAUCAUAGCUCUUAUUCCAAAGAAGAAAGGUGCUAGAGAAUUAAGGGACUUCAGAAUUACCUUCAGCCUGAUAGGUAGUAUCUACAAGCUAUUCUCCAAAGUGCUUACCGAAAGACUGAAAAGAGUGAUGGCUAAGCUUGUGGACUCACAACAACUGGCAUUCAUCAAAGGAAGGCAAAUUAUGGAUGCUGCCCUCAUAGCAAAUGAAGUCAUAGACUCCAGGCUGAACUUGAAGAAACCAGUAAUCCUAUGCAAAUUAGACAUUGAGAAAGCAUAUGAUCAUGUCAAUUGGGGCUUUCUAUGGAUCUGCUAG